AUGCGAGGAGGGGAAGCAGCGGGACGUGGGAGGGAGGGUGGCCGCGGGAGGCGCACUCAAAGCGGGAGGAGCGGUGCGCAGCCCCGGGGGACAGAACCGACAUCCAAGAGCUCCGCAGAAGUGACGAGACUGAAAGAAGUCCUUUUGUCCCUCUCCGGCUCGGACAAACAAAGUGAAGUUAUGAAAAGGGACGAUGGCUCAGCAGCGGGAGGAGAGCGGAAAGAGAAGAGAGUGCAUUCAAAAGGAGACUCAGCAGAAGACCAGAGCCGAGAGCUGAGGUGGAGGAUGAACCGUCUGGAGAACGACAAACUGCAGCUGACGUCGCAACACAACCAACAGGUGUGCGCUCUGGAGGCGGAGGCGGCCCGGCUGCGUGCGGCGGUGGAGCGAGGGGAAGCCGAGAGGGAGGAGCUUCACUUUCAGAUCACAGUUUGUCUCAGAGAAAAAGAGAAAACCGAUCAAACCAACAGAGAUCUGCAGCAAGAAAGAGACACACUCAACGAGCGUCAGGCAGAGUUGGAGCAGAGCUUGUCAGACCUGCGUGUGGCUCUGGACCGGAGCGUCCGCGGCCGAGACUUGGACCAGCGGAGUCUGCAGCAGGAGCUGGAGGAACGAGACGAGCUGCUGCAGAGACUGAGCGAAGACAACAACUCACUGCACUCACUGCUCACGGAUCAGAAACAGGCCUUGGAGCAGAGCGAGCAGAGGAUGAACGAGCUGCAGCAGGAAAUGGAGCGAGAGCACGAGGUGAAGCGCCGCCACAGCGAUGAACUGCGUUACCUAGGUAACCGAGAGAAACGUCUCCGGGGCGACAAGGAGUUUGCAGAGCAGAGAAUCAAAACACUGGAGGCAAACAUCGAGGCGGAACGCACUGCUCACCUGGAAUCCAAAUUUAACUCUGAGAUUGUUCAGUUGCGUCUGAGGGACCUGGAAGCAGCUCUGGCGGUGGAGCGUUCCAACCUGCAGGAGGCGACGUGCAGUGCAGGGCAUCUGAAGGAACUCCUCCAUGAAGCAGAGAAGAAGAGGGAGCAGGAGCAGCAGAGGAGCGGCCAGGCGCAAACACAACUGCACAGGUUACAGGUGGAGUUUGAACAGUGUAAAUCUGAUCUGAGCGCUGCUUUGGAAACUGAAAAACAGACAAACUCCGAGCUCAAGGUUUCCCUGGAAUCAGAGAAACGUGUGAGGUUAAGUUUGAAGGAAAAACUUGAAAGCGAAAGAAGGCAACAACAAAUCACAACGUCAGAACUGCAACAGAGGACAGAGGAUGUGAACACAGUGAGAAAAGCAUUCAACAAGUUUGUUCAAGAUGUGAAAGAAACGCUGCAGAUACAUUUAGCAGAGCAUUCUGGGAGUUGGAGUCCUGAAGAGACUGUGGAGAAGCUGAAGGCGACUGUUUGUUCCCAGAAGCAGAGACUGGAGGAGGCCAACAAACAGUUUGAGGAUUUGGUGUUUGCCUCGGAGCAAAUUCUGGACGACAAUCAAACACUGAAGAAUUUGAGUUCACAACAGAAAACUCAGAUGGAGGAAAAGGAGCAGCUGAUGGAGGAGCUGAAGCAGGAAGUGACACGCCUGCAGACGGAGAGCUGCGAUUGGUCGAACCUGAGCCGUCAACUUCAGUCCGAGCUCCAUCGAGAGCGAGACGAGAGAAAACGAGAGCGCGACAGGACGGAGGAACAAGUGUGCAGCGAGAAGCAGAGACGACAGCAACAAGAAGAGGCUCGCCUGUCCAGCCUGUGCAACCUUCUCCAGCGUCUACAGCCCCAGAGCAUCAUGGGAACUCCCUCUUGGGACGAGCUGUGGAUACGAGUCACUGAACGCGUGGAGCAGAUCAACACGGACUUCCAGCAGGCCAUUCACCAGAUUUCGUCUCUGCAGAGCGUCCUCUCUCGUCUCCAGGACAAAGUUCAGAGACGGGAGGCAGAACGGAGCCGUAGACAUGAGCACGCGGUGACUGAGCUGCAGCGCCAUCUACAGUCGAGCCGCUCUGAGGGCCGUCAGCUGCAGGAUCGAGUGACCUCGCUGACGUCUGACCUUUCGUCUCUGUGCGAGGAGUCGGUUAGGUUCCAGUGGGCGUGUCUUCUGCUGGGAGGAGCCCUAACGCACGCACAGUCUCGUGUCCAGCGUCUGUCGGAGCAGAAGGCGUUUCUCUGCCGCCGUUUGUCUGAUCGUGACGUGCUGGAACAGGAAGUCAUGUCGCUCUUGGAGGCUCUGGAGGCCAAAGAGACGGACGUCCAGCUGCAGAAGAAGAACAGCGUGCGGCGGAGGUGGAGGCGGGCCUUCACCGCGCUGUCGGCCCUGAGGAAGUGGUGCAUCCUGGGAAAGAUGAGCCGCGUGCUGUUCAGGCUGCAGACUGUGGGCGUGUCGUUGUGUGGAGACGAGAAUAACGCUGGAAGUCGAGAGAUGUGUCUUGCUCAGUGGCUCCGCUCCAAACAUCUGUCCUCUUUGGUGUUGUCGUCCAUGUCUGACCUCCAGGUGGCGCUGUCGGGCUCCUCACCUCAGAGUGUGAUGUCAGCAGUUCAAUCUGGUUUUUCCCGCCUCCUGGAACACCUUGUUGACCAAUCGAACGCAGUGACUGUCACAAGUCAAGCCAACCGUCCAAUGAGACGGCCGGAAAUGCAGCCCCGUGUGAAGGAGCUGGUGUGUAGUCUGCAGCAGCACUUCCUGGACUUCAGCCAACGACUGCACUCGACUGAGGUGGAGAGGCGGAGCUUACGACUAGAGAUGAGUAAUAUCAGACGAGUCGCCAAGAAGAAGGAGCAAGAAGCCAGUAACAUGGUGGCCUCCGAUCGCUUUGACGCUGCCUGCUCUGAGCUGCGGGAGGCGCUGUGUCGGGAGCAGGAGACGCAGACCCUGGUCCUGGAGCUGAACUCACAACUGAAACAUCUGCAGAACAGCGUGGAGUCCAUCACCGCUCAGAAGAACGAAGCUCAGGAGACACGACAGCAGACGGCCCAGCUACUGUCCGAAGCCCGUCGUGAGGUGAGCCGUAAAGAGCGCUCGCUGAGGAUUCUGGGAAAGCACUUGUCCUCCGUUCAGAAGGAGAAACGGCAGCUGGAGGAGAGGCUUCGAGAGGCGCACGACCAGCUCCAAAACUCCACCAAGCAGAAAGAGCGACUGAUCGAGAUGAUGCACGCAGCGGAGAGCGACUGCACACAGUUCAGAGAAAAUCUUGUCCAAUCCCACCGUCCUGAGUGCUCUAAGCCCCGGCCCCUCACACUUCCUGGGUCGCUGAGUGGAGCAGAGGGCCUCAUGGGAGAUCCGGGUGUGGCGGCCUGUCAGAGCCUUGUGUCCAGCGUGGCGCGCCUGUCACACACCUUCUCCUCCAGAGCUGAUUGGCUGCAGCAGGAAGUCUCCGCCCACCAGAGUCAUGUCACCGCACUACGCGGUGAGCUCCAGGACGCCUGCCUCCGUCACAACCAGGCCUUUACCCCGGUGAUUGGGUCGUUUGACAAUGAAUCUGCUCAUCUGGAGCAGAUGAAGAAUGUAGUCGUCUGA